AUGGCAAAAAAAUCAAACGUACAAUUUUCACAGCAGCAAAAGGAUUUUUUAACUCAAAAAUAUGACGAAGGUGAAACAACUGGAAUGAAAUCUGAUCCAGUAUCCGUCGCACAAGAAAUGCAAAUAUUAUGGGAUAAUACCGGUGAUUAUGUGUUUGAUCCAGAACAAUGGUUGACACCUCAACAAAUAAAAUCUUUUUGGUCACGUUUAACAAGAAACCGGCGCAAAUCCAGUAAACAACAAACAACAGCACAAAAACAAGAAGAUGAUGAUGAAGAGGAUGACCGUGAUGAUGAAAACGUUACAGCUUCUUCUACGACGGAAUUCCCGGAAUUCCUUCCACGCUGA